AAAACGUUUAAUUAUAAUUUAAAUAGGAUAUACAUUACGAAAAUAUCUUUAUUAAGUAAUAAACAUUUGAAAUGAGCAGAUACAAAGUAUUAUUAGUUAUUUUUUCCCUUGUGUGCAUAUCUUUUGGAAAGAUCAUUCAAGGGCAAACAAAUGAAGAACAAAGUCAGGUUAAAAAUGCCCAUAAAAACUGUCAAAAUGAUGCAAAUACUUACGUGGAACCCAUCUUACUUGAAGCAAUGUCCAAAGGCACACUCUCUGAGGAUCCCCAGUUAAAAUUACACAUGUUAUGUCUUGCCAAAGGUUUAAAUAUAAUCGACAAAAUUGGCCACCUGAAUAAGGAUUUCAUGAAACAAAAAUUCUUGUCACAUUACGAAGGAGACGAUUUAAAGGAGAUGGAGAAAUGUUUGGAGGAAAAAACUAGCCCUGAGGAAACAGCAUGGGAGUUUUAUAAAUGCCACUUUAGCACUGCAAAAAAACUGUUACAAAAACAAAUUAGAGUUAAAUAAAGUUAUACAGGGUGAGCCAACAGUCACGACUGAAUGUAAAUCAAACAUAACCUUUUUAUUUGUUUAUUAAUUGCUUAGGUAUAUUUUACGCCCAAUCCAAAAAUUCAAGCUAGCCUGAAAAAAAUGCUCAAAAAUAGUAUUGAGCGACGAAUAUUUCCCAAAUCCGAAAUAUCGCUUUUAUAAGGCUAUUGAGCGU